AUGGAUUCUACAGUUGAAGUGAAUGCCACUAGUAAAUUUGAAUUAGAUUACAUAGUAGUGGAAGGACAACAGCCACCUCUGGAAACUCCUGGUGAUGUCUUUGAUCGACAACGUGUUAUGAAAGAUUUCCAACAAUGUUUAAUCGAAAGACAAUGUGCAUUUGUUUUAGGUGUUGGUGGUAUUGGAAGUAGCAUUGCCAUGUGUCUGGUGAGAAUGGGCAUCGAUACUAUUCAUUUAUUAGAUCGGGAUUAUGUUGAAGCAUCGAAUUUAAAUAGACAAAUAUUAUUUAGUGUUACCGAUAUCGGUAGAUCUAAGGUAGAAACAGCAGCUCAACAUUUGAAAGAAAUACACAAUUUAAGAACUAAUAUACAUUAUUAUCAUACAGAUGCUGUAAGAAAUUGGUCGUGUGUUGUUGAAAUAGCUAAGAAAUCGACAGUCAUCUUCAAUAAUAUAGAUUAUGGAGCUGUUUUUGAUUAUGCAGUUAAUUCAUUAUGUAAAUCAUUAGGUAUCAUCUACAUAUCUGGCUCGACAUACGCUAAUAAUAUUGAUAUUAAUUUAUAUUCAGGUUUAUUAAAUGAUUCGUGUUGGGCAUGUGUUAAUCUUAUUAAUGAUUCAUUUAAAUUUACAAAUCAAGAACUAGAAAUUUUCAACGAUAUUUCAUCAUUUCUCAAAGAAAACUGUUGCAUAUCAGGUGAAAAGUCUCGAUCAAUCAUAGAAGAAUGUCUACAGGAAUUGAAAAUUGACGUCAUUUCACCAACACAGUUUUCGACAUUAUUUAUGCCUCUCUAUCAAGAAAAACUCGUUGGAUUAUUAUUACCUCAAUAUAUAGAGAAUUAUCAAUCAAUUGAAUUCAUUCCGAAAGAUAGAUCAUUUCCGACAAGAACAGUUGGCAGUUGGAUCGGUGUUUGCUUAUCUGGAUCUUGUUUAGUUGUCAAUACAUGGAUGCAAUAUAUGAUGAAAAUUAAAAGGUUGACUGCCGAUAACAAUAAAUCGUUUCAUAAUUGGAUACAAAUCAAUUUAUCGAUGUUUGAUGGUAGCUAUUCUACAACUGGAUUUCCAAAUGAACAAGAUCUCAACUGUCCGAUCUGUUCAAACGUAAAGAAAAUGAAAGAACAAAAAUUUAUAACUAUUCCAGCGGGAAAUGGACAUGCCGGUGGUGCAUCAUCUAGUUGA